UUUUGGACCAUAUAUAUACGUAUGUCGUACGGUCGUACGUCACUGUGUGCCGUAUUCAACGAGGCUAAGGAGGCUAACUUUGCAUUAGCAAUAACCCAAUUCGCAAAAUAGAUUUACAGUACUGCACGCUUGCGUUAUGAUUGGAAGUAUUUUGAAAUCAAUCUUCGUUUUUUAUUUAUUAGAUUUGAUCAAUAACUUUUGUGAAUUUGAAUUGAAUUGCUAUAAUCGCGUUCUUUUUCAAUGGAGAUGUUUUUCGCAAUGUUUCAUUAGACAGCUGGUUUUCGGCUUGUUUGACAUUCGACGUCUGUCAAGUGUAACGUAUAAAAGAAUGUUGGGAUCUGUAGAUGCAACAAAGAGACCUCUCAAAAUUCCUGCGAAAUUCGUGCCUUACAUGGAAAAGCACAGAAUUUAUGAGUUGUUUCACGAGCUCGCCACAGGAUUGAUAAUCCAACAACCCUCGGAUCCGAUCCUUUACUUGAAACAGAGCUUGAGACUGGCGUCAAAGAAACGUGAUCUUCCACGAUUGAUUCUUCUCGGUGAACCGUAUUCAAAAAUACUCGCUUUGGCUAGUAUCCUCCAAACAAAAUUAGGAUUGAAGCUUAUUACGCUCUCAGACGUGCAAAAAGUGACUCCCGCAAUUGAGGAAGAAAAUCUUAGCGAGGAAGACAUUGUCAGGAAUCUGAGCGUUAUCCUGAAAGAGUUCGCGAUCGAUUUCACCGGUUGGAUUCUCGUCGGUCUGCCAAGAACGAGGAGAGAAGGUCGAGCGAUUCAGCGUGCCGGCGUAAUACCGACGCACGUUCUGGAAAUCCUAACCUCACCACAAAAGCCAUGUGCGAAGCCAGAAAGUUCUGGAAACGAGAGUCACUUUCGGGGCUUGAGGGAGCUGUACAAGAAUUCGUUGAUCAAAGUGGAGACCGGCGAUAGGGACGCGAACGCUCUUGCCGAAGCUUGUGCAACGAUGGCAAAGAAAAAAAAGCAUUGCGGCGCUCCCUGCUUGUUUCGUGUCGCCCUCAUCGGGCCUCGAGGUUCCGGCUGUCGCAGCGUCGCGAAUUAUCUUUCGCACAGAUUUAAACUCGUCCACGUCGACUUUGACCGAAUUUUGGAGCAAACGCGAUUGCAGGAAAACUGUUUCGGGCGAGCUCUGAGAGAGAUCGAGUAUCGGUGGGGCAAGCGGCCUAAGCCCGACGUCAGAAUCCGCGUCGUUAUGAAAUAUUUGCUUGGUCCGGAGUGCACGAAACGAGGAUGGGUUCUGACGGGCUACCCGACGACGGUCGAAGAUUUCAAGCUCUUGGACGCGUCGGACACGCCUCCAAACAGGGUGAUUUUUGUCAACCUGAGUAAAACGACACUGCGAGAAAGAAUAAUGAGCCGUUCGGAUGAGGCUGCGACGAGCAACAGUGAGUAUUCCCAAGAAAAGGAGCUUUUCAUCACCGAUGAUGAAGGGACUGUGCAGAGUGAGAUCGAGGAGUACGCGAAAAACGUGACCGCUUUGAAGGCGUACGUGGGAGCGUCCGGCUCGGAAGUGGACGGAGACGUGGGAGAAAGAAAUCUCGGGGAGAGAGUUGAAGCUUGUCUGAUGAGGCCAGCGCCCUCGGCGCCACCGCGAGUAGGAAAAUCGCGGAAUAAACUCGAGCCGAUCGAAUUCGAACCCGACGACGAGCCCGACCAUCGGGCGCUCGAUCGACUCCGCGGAACGGAAUCGAUUUUGUCAUUCUUCUAAAACACAAUCUCGAUUCUCAAACUUGACGAUUUUUGAGGCCAACCGUAGCUUUUCGUUUUCUAAAAUAAACCGAUAAAUUGACGAUCGGUACCGACGUCGAGUGGGAUUGGAAGCGAAUGAAAGCGAAGUUUGACGUUUGAAUAAAUUCCCCUCGGUGAACGAUCGAAGGAAAGCACUCUGCUGCCCCGCUAAGGGCACUCGAUGUAUUUCGAGGGGUUGCUUGGCUCGAGCCUCGAAGUUUUCCUGUGCACAGGGAAGGGAGAGGGAGCAUGGGGUUCGAGGGGUUGAUAGGACCGAAUGGGUUCGACCUCCUCGUACUUUCUGGGCUCCUGACCAACGAAGCAUCUCGUUGUCGCAACGUCACGUUACGUAAUCAGUCGUAGAAGAUCAUACGCGCAUGAAUCUCGUGAGGCGUCGUCCCCUCGGAAGUCUCGGUGACGAAUCGCGAGCUUUUUUUCAUGCGUCCACAAACGUAUUGGGAGAAAUACAGCGAUACAGCGCGCAUCAAAACUUAGAUAUGAGAAACAACAAGGCUGCGCCGAAUUGAGGACACGGUCGAGCCCAUUCACUCGGAGGUGGUUUUUCUACACGCAACUCGAACGAUACAUCGAGCUUUCGCGGGGUUGAAAGAACGCGGAAAACAUAGGAGCCAUGGAAGUUGGCGACACGACUAUACCCACCCUCGAAAUCAACCCCUUGCUCCUUACUGCGAUCCCCAUUUCUCCAAUUUAUUGUAUAUUUAUAUAUAUUAUUAUAUAGAUUACAUGUAUCUUGUGUUGUAGCACACACGCGGUUCCCAGGUCAGCUGGACUCGAACAUGUGCGUCUGAGCAUAACUCGGGGGCGUGGACUCGGGACUUUGGGAAGAAUUCAACGUCCGAGGCGUUCCACGUGUUCGAAAUUGGACGAGUGUUGAUUACAUUUUUCAAAAUCGAGCCUCGUCGAUGAGCUUUUUUGACGGAAAAGAAGUUUUGACACUCGUGGAUUCAUUUUGGGUGGGGGCGGAUGAGAGGAGUCGAAAAAUUGGAUGAAUAUCAUUCUAAGGAAUAAUCGUCAGGGGCUUGAGUCGGCGAUUUUUUUCGUCGAGUCAGAAAUUUUGUUAAUUCGGACACUAAUUUGUUGGCCCGAAAAAGGUUUCUGGCGAAAAGGUCGCUGGAUCAACAGAGGUUUUGCUGAAUUGAGUGUAAUUUUUUGUCACGAUUCGUCGGCCCGACAGAAAAUUCUGUUGACUCGGCAAAUUUUUUCGUUUUUAUGUAUAUUUUUUUUCUGUCACAUUUUAUACAUGGAAUGGACAGACGCGCAGGAGAAAAGUUGGUAAACCGACAGCGGAAAGAAUUCGUGUGUUUCGGAACGUGAAAUUCCGUGUACUCGUGAUAAAUUUGCCUGCGAGUCGAAGUAGAUCGGAAGGCGGGAUGAGUUAACCACGAAUAGACUGUAGCGUGGCGAAUUCUCGCCUACGCUAAUGCCCGUAAUUGCCUCAAACGCGAAGCAUAUUUCCGGAUCAAGGGCACAUGAAACGGAGAAGGUUCGUUGGCAGGCUCUCGCAGGAUAGGGUCGAGGCGAUCCUGCGCAAAAGGACGAACUUCGACCCCCGGCUCGUCUGCGAAUGUCCAAGGGGUUAUUGCUACGCGCGGUGGAUCGUCUCCCAGGGGAAGGGCGUUUUCCUUCUUCCUACCAACCCCGAAGAUUCACCCUCCGAUUAACAGGGACCCAGAGUUCGAAUUUUCAUCCUACGAAACACCUCAAGACGCACGUGGCGUCUUGGCGAUCAGGAUCCCAUGAGUUUUGAGAAAAUGCCAACUUCUCCCUCGUCCUGAACUCGAACGAGGUCACACUUUAAUAGAAAAUCCACAAAACUUACAAAAACGAACGUUCUGCAACGGGCAACUUCAAAAAGACUUUUUUUUUUUUUUUUGUUAAAUCCUAAUCAAUCGAGGAACAAAACAUUCUGAUCGAGCUCUCGAAAAAUCGUUUGCCCCAACCGAUCGUUUCCUGACCCCCCUCAUCAAUGUUGAAGGACCCAAAAAAUCUGACAGACCAACAAGAAUGAAAAGCUGGUGCCAGACAUUCGCCUUCCCUGUUUCCUCUCAUCCUGGACCAGUUGCCGGAUCUACAAACAGGACUCUGAUCGAACACUGUGUCAGAGUUACCGGAUGAAAACAGGAAGUCCGAUCUUAGGGUAGUAGAGGCCAAGGGAGGUCGGUUGGGAGGUCCAGGAUCUUCGUGUCUCUAAUUAAAUCAGCUUGGCCUGGAUGGUCUUAUGCACGGAGAAAACGGGCUCGUUUUGUAUAGUGAGGAAUAUAUUAUUUUUCAAGAAUCUUCAAAGUAUUUAACCAUCGAUUACAAAGAGCAUAGUUUUUUUUUUGAUUUUCCUAUUUUUCCUCCCUUGAAUUCUAAACUGUUUUAUGUAGAUAGCAAAAAGUGUGAUGCACGUGAUAACUAUAUUUCGUUUUGUUUUCGAGUGUUAUUCCUCAUGUCAGACCAGCACUUACCGAUGAGUGGAAAUGUAUUGUAAAUAACAAAUUUGUGGUGAAUUUAAAAUCUAGCGCCAAGCGCACAUAGGUAGGGACAGUCGACUGACCACCGUUUACCCCCUCUUAAUUGUAGAAAUUUAGGGAGAUCG